GUCACUACCAGUCAGAUAGCCCCUCUUCACCGUCAACAAUGUGCGCAAUUCCAAUGUCCUUCCUCCUACUGUCACUCAAUGGCGUCUGGGUUCGGAGCGAGGAAGUGCGCGUUGUUCAGGGUGUCUUGGGUGAAGAUUGCUCAUUGCCGUGCACAGCCCAAGUCAAACCAGGGGUACAAUACUUGACUGUUAGCUGGCACAAGAUGGAGCUGCGCGGCAACCCACCCACGCCGCAACGCCGCGGCCUGGUGUUGCGCGAUCUGCCCAACGGCGCGGUCGAGCGCUAUGCGAGCCUGACGCGGGAAGUGAUCCUCAACAACGACACCAACGACAUCCUGCUGCCCAACGUCACGUGCCGUGACAACGUCGCGUACAAAUGCCGCCUGUACGCACCCGUUGGGGAAAGAAAUCUAGAUGGAGAGGUGGUCCUCAAGCUGUCAGAUUGCCCCGGAGCCAGAUUACCCAUUGGAUUACCCAUUGGACUCCUGAAAAUUAAUAUUGAAUGGGUCAUUUUGCUUUCUGCACUACUGACCCUGACACUCUUUUGCUCCCUGCUGUCUUAUUGCCUUUUGAGAAAGCACCGGCAGGACCAAAAAAAAGGCUGGAAAGCUGUCGAAGCGCGACUGGCCAAUGAAGUGGCACUGUUGGCUUCUUGGAGCCGGGAUCCCCGACUUGAACUGGAGCAGUUCGCAGCCGAGUGUGAUGCGUUUGGGAUGAUCAUCAACACCUUCAAAUCUAUGCCCUCUGCGGGGUCGAGGAUGAAGGAAUUCAAGUAUCUUGCGUUAGCUUGUAGCGCUAAUGGAGCUAAAGCCGCCAUGGAUGACGAUCUGGAUGAGCUGUUAGACGAGGUGGAAAAGAAGUUUUGUCGCAACAUUUCCGUCAGCCUGGCGAGCUCCAUGAACGAGGGAAAGUGCGGUAAAGACUCUGGCGAGCGUCGGAAUGUUGGAUGUGGGCAGAAUAAAAACAGCAUCACUGAGGACAUUGAUGCUCUCCUGGAGGAAUUACAGGAGGAAGACCUCAGUAAUGCACCUCAGGAUAAGACGGCGCCACUUCCCAAAAGACAUCGGGACGACCAGAUUCAUUCUCAGCCUGGAGGAAGAAAGUGCUGUCCUAUUUACCUUGGAGGAAGUGCCGUGGCAAAAGGAGUGGGAACGGCCGCAUCCAAGAGGUCGUGUGACCAGCUGAGGUGCACCUCCUGCGACUUCCGGGUGUUGACGUUUGACAACUGCGAGUGGGACUCGUCAUGCGAUUACCUUUUCUUCAGGAACAACAUGCCCGACUGCAGGAAAUUGGGAGCUAAGCUGAGGAAGCGAAGAGGCCUCCGGGCGUACGCUUGCCAGUGUAGCUGGUUUACUGCCUCAGACGCCACGGACGUGUUGCUGAAGCCACAUCUUAGAUGGGUGUGCGCAAGACACCCGGACUAAACCGUCUUCAUACACUACUCGCAAAUAAAUAAAUAAAUAAAUAAAGAUGUACACACCUUG